AUGAUGUUCUUCUCCUCCUACAUACCCUAUGUCCAGCCCAGGCGAGUGGCCGCCAUUGGUGAUGCAGUUUACUUCACGAUUUCGCGGUCCGCUGCCAUCGCCAAGUAUGAUUGGGGCGAGAAUCGCCUGUCUGUGAUUGACCCGCCACCACCAGAUACAGAAGUGUACGGCGGUUUCGUCUCCCUCAUGGUCAUGGAGGACAAUUCGCUGGGGCUCGCUGGUGUUGAGGAUUCCACUUCCAGUCUGCAUAUCUGGUCAAGGACGGUGAAGGGAGCUGCAAAAUGGGUACAAUGCAUGGUCAUUGACCUGGAGAAAGCCAUGCCCAUGGCCAAUCCCCGCGAAGGUCAUGGAGCAUAUGUGGUUGGUUUCGCAGAGGGUGUCGGUGUCAUCUUCGUCAGAACAGAUGCUGGCUUAUUCACGCUCGAGCUCAAGUCCGGGCUGGUGAAGAAAGUUGAUGAAUUUGGGGUCUACUUUUCCGUUUUACCCUACAUGAGCUUCUACACUCCUGGUAUGGUACCAGCUGUUGAUCCUGUUGCUCUUCAUUUUACAGAUUCCAUAUGUUUGCUUACAUAG